GAAAAUGAUGAGUUUAUCAUCUUUAAAUAAUGAGAAUCUGAACGAUGAAAUUAUCGAUUUUGAGUCGAAAUGCAAAAGAUUCCCGGUAAUGUUCAAACGAGCUGUUUGCAUUCAUUCUUCACUUCAAUUCGUUGAUCUAUUCAUGCAAAACCUCAUGUUCUCACACGGUUUCUCCUCCACGCCAAUAAUUGCACGUCAGGAAGAUGAAACUGAAGUUUUAUCGAAAACUAUGCUUUCUUUUUAUAAGAUCCGCAACGAAUUUCGCGAAAUAUUUCGUUCCCAUCAUCGAGGCAACGUUUCGGAAGUGGCCAUUUUCAUUGGCACCUGCCCCGUCCGAUCUACAUACUCUUAUCGCGUUCCAAUAACGAUAUGUGAAGCCGAAGACUCGACGCACAAGAGCUGUGGUGAUACGUGUGCCGAAUUAAACGACUUUGAACGAAGAAAAAUCAAUCGAGAUCUGUUCAUGCAUAGUUGCUCGAAGGAGCAACAGAGCAAUGAAACGAACAAAACGAAUAAGAAUCAUCGGCUUUUUGUCUUUAUCAAAGGAUCCGAGGAUAUGGUCAACGAGGAAAUUGAAGAGGAAGACCCUCCAUUCGGCUCAAAGCAAUCGUUCCACUACUCAUUCAUCCACGAAAAAUGCAAUUGCGAUGGGGUUCCAGCACCAAGAAAUGAUGGAAAAUGGCUCAGAAUGGUGCCAUACAUUGUGCACUCUAAGCAUUAAUUCUAACCUAUUAUAUUUUGAAAAUUAAAUUUUGAAUUAUUUUGUAAUUUGAUCUCGUUGUGUUCAUCAUCUCUCUGUCUCAUUUGUGAUCAACAGCUUUCCAAUAAAUUCCCGGGGUC